AACAGCUAGCGGUAGCUAGCGGCUGGACCGUCAACUGUCAACUCGUGUCAAGUUAAAAGUUAUGUUGGUCAUGUCACGUGUUGUCGCCAACGCGAUGAACGACGAACGACGAGAACGUGAUCGAUAAACCUGCAGAGUGAAAAAACAGUUGUUAAAAGUGUUUACGUCUCGUGAAUUGACAUUCAGUUAAUUCAAGGCUAAAGGAAAUAUCGGGAAAUAACGUUUCCGAUAAGCCUUAAAUAUCACUGUGUUAUCACUCCUCCCGUGAGGCAUGUUCAUGAGUAAUCAAUUUCUACCCUAGAAUUUCACCGAAUUUCCACAUUCUUAUCAUAAUAAAAUAUACAAAAAAGCUCCGUCUGAUUGAAAAUGAGUGUAAAGUUCAUUCAGCUCCAAUCGGUCGACAUUUUGGGUAAAAUUCCCCCCUACCAGUUUCUUCUGCAAGGACUUAUUCUCCUCUGGGUCGCCUGGUUCCUCACAAAAAGGAGACACGGAGAGCGAAGACAACAACCCUCUGAAGAAGAGGUUCAAAGAAAAUUAUCAGAAUGGCGACCAGAACCUCUGAUCACACCAGUUCCAAAGGAUCAUCCUUCACUGACUCCAAAAAGACUCACUUCCUUGGCUGGGAAAAGGGUGACAGUUGAUGGAAAAGAUUGUUUAAAUCUUGCAACUCACAAUUAUUUGCGCUUAAUCGGGAAUAACGAGAUCCAGGAAAAAGCAAUCGCAACUGUUCAAAAAUAUGGUGUUGGUUCUUGUGGACCCCGAGGAUUUUACGGGACUGUUGAUGUUCAUCUGGAAUUGGAGGAACGUUUAGCCAAAUUUAUGGAGGUUGAAGAAGCUGUCGUUUACUCCUACGGAUUUAGUACAAUUGCUUCUGCAAUUCCGGCUUAUUGUAAACGAAGAGAUCUCGUUUUUGUCGACGAGAAAGUGAAUUUUUCGAUUCAAAAAGGUUUGGAUGCUUCCAGGUCCUUUAUCAAGUAUUUCAAGCACAACGAUGUCCAGGAUUUGGAGAAUUUGCUGAUUGAUCAGAAGAAGCUUGACCAGGAGGAUCCUAAGAAGGCAGCAAAGACGAGGAGAUUUCUGAUUGUGGAGGGAAUCUACAUGAACACAGGACGCAUUUGUCCUUUGCCGGAACUUGUUGCUUUGUGCAAAAAAUAUAAAUUGAGGAUCUUUGUUGAUGAGUCGAUUUCGUUUGGGACGAUUGGUGAGCAUGGGAGAGGAGUGACGGAAUAUCUUGGAGUUCCUGUACAGGAUGUUGAUAUGAUUAUGGGUUCUCUCGAAUGGGCGAUCGGUUCAAUCGGUGGCUUCUGCGUCGGAACAUCAUUUAUGAUCGAGCACCAAAGAUUGUCAGGAACUGGGUACUGUUUCUCAGCAUCACUUCCGCCACUUUUGACAAAAGCAGCCAUCACUUCCAUCGACAUAAUAGAAAGAAAUACGGAAAUUAUAAAGCAUCUCAACCGAAAUUGUUUGUCUCUCGCAAAAGGUCUCGAGGAACUCGAUCACUUCGAGUCCCUGAGUUUUAAGGAAUCUGCAGUCAAACAUCUGCAUUUGAAAAAGAAAUUCGAUUUCAGUGAGGAAUCGAGAAUUCUCAACGAAAUUUCUAAAAAAUGCUUCGAGAACAACCUGGCAAUUGUAGCACCAGCUUAUCUCGAAGCUGAGCGAGAAAUUCCAAGACCAAGUUUAAGAAUUUGCGUCUCUGUAGAUUUAAAUCAGGAAGACAUUAAUUUUGUCUUGUCUGUUUUGAAAAAAUGCUCUGAAGAACUUUUAGGCUCUCUGUAAGUCAUUAAUUUCUUUAAAAAGAAUAAUGAGACAUGACAAAUUUAGAAAGUUUGUAAUUAAAAUGUAACGUGAACACACUAAUUUAAUUGAUAAUGUGAUUUCAUUUUGUGUUUUCGUGCAGGCAUGUUCACGUUUAAAGAUUUUAUAGAGAGUAAUAUUAGCGAUUAAUAAUUUGCAAUUUUGUGUAUACAUAGAAUCAAAAUAAAAGCAAUUGUUAUUUUUUAA